AAUGGGAGACAAGCCAAUUUGGGAGCAGAUUGGAUCCAGCUUCAUUCAACAUUACUACCAGUUAUUUGAUAACGACAGAACCCAACUAGGCGCAAUUUAUAUUGACGCAUCAUGCCUUACGUGGGAAGGACAGCAGUUCCAGGGGAAAGCUGCCAUUGUGGAGAAAUUGUCUAGCCUUCUGUUCCAAAAAAUCCAGCACAGCAUCACCACGCAGGACCAUCAGCCCACGCCGGAUAGCUGCAUCAUCAGCAUGGUUGUGGGCCAGCUCAAGGCUGAUAAAGUCCCCAUCAUGGGGUUCCACCAGAUGUUCCUAUUAAAGAACAUCAACGAUGCUUGA